CAUUUUGUGGCCCGCUAUGGCGGCGGUGUUGAGGUUGGGUUCGGGUUGCGGGGCAUUUGACUGAAGGGGUAGGCCAAGUGGAGGUAUCAGGGACGUCGCGCGGCACAGAAGAGGACCAGCCUGGACGCCGGGGACGCUGUCAUGUACGGCGCGGGCGGGGGCCGCGCCAAACCCGAGAGGAAAAGUGGCGCGAAGGAGGAGGCCGGGCCAGGCGGUGCCGGCGGUGGGGGCAGCCGAGUGGAGCUCUUGGUUUUCGGCUAUGCCUGCAAGCUGUUCCGGGACGACGAGCGGGCCCUGGCUCAGGAACAGGGACAGCACCUCAUCCCCUGGAUGGGGGACCACAAGAUCCUCAUCGACAGAUAUGAUGGACGUGGUCACCUGCAUGACCUUUCUGAGUACGAUGCUGAGUAUUCCACGUGGAACAGAGAUUAUCAGCUGUCUGAAGAGGAGGCGCGAAUAGAGGCCCUGUGUGAUGAAGAGAGGUAUUUAGCCUUGCAUACGGACUUGCUUGAGGAGGAGGCAAGGCAAGAGGAAGAAUACAAGCGAUUGAGUGAAGCACUAGCAGAGGAUGGGAGCUACAAUGCCGUGGGGUUCACUUACGGUAGCGACUAUUAUGACCCGUCAGAGCCAACGGAGGAGGAGGAGCCUUCCAAACAGAGAGAAAAAAAUGAGGCUGAAAAUUUAGAGGAAAAUGAAGAGCCCUUCGUUGCCCCCUUAGGAUUGAGCGUUCCGUCUGACGUGGAGCUGCCACCAACUGCUAAAAUGCACGCCAUCAUCGAGCGCACGGCCAGCUUCGUGUGCAGGCAGGGAGCGCAGUUUGAGAUCAUGCUGAAGGCCAAGCAGGCCCGGAACUCCCAGUUCGACUUCCUGCGCUUCGACCACUACCUCAACCCCUACUAUAAGUUCAUCCAGAAAGCCAUGAAAGAGGGACGUUACACCGUCCUGGCGGAAAACAAAAGUGAUGAGAAAAAAAAAUCAGGAGUCAGCUCUGACAAUGAAGAUGAUGAUGAUGAAGAAGAUGGGAAUUACCUGCAUCCGUCUCUCUUUGCCUCCAAGAAGUGUAACCGCCUUGAAGAGCUGAUGAAGCCCUUGAAGGUGGUGGACCCAGAUCAUCCCCUUGCAGCGCUUGUUCGUAAGGCGCAGGCUGACAGCUCCACUCCCACCCCACACAACGCAGAUGGUGUGCCUGUGCAGCCCUCCCAGGUGGAGUACACGGCAGACUCGACCGUGGCAGCCAUGUAUUACAGCUACUACAUGCUACCGGAUGGCACUUACUGCCUGGCGCCGCCCCCUCCCGGAAUCGACGUGGCCACUUACUACAGCACCCUUCCUGCUGGUGUGACCGUGUCUAACUCCCCUGGAGUGACGACCACUGCCCCACCGCCUCCCGGGACCACGCCACCGCCGCCCCCAACCACGGCAGAGACAAGCAGCGGGGCCACUUCCACAACCACCACCACAAGUGCACUUGCCCCCGUGGCCGCCAUCAUCCCCCCGCCCCCCGACGUCCAGCCUGUGAUUGACAAGCUAGCCGAGUAUGUCGCCAGGAACGGCCUGAAGUUCGAGACCAGUGUUCGUGCCAAGAAUGAUCAAAGAUUUGAAUUCCUGCAGCCAUGGCACCAGUAUAAUGCCUAUUAUGAGUUUAAGAAGCAGUUCUUUCUCCAGAAGGAAGGGGGCGAUAGCACGCAGGCUGUGUCCGCACCAGAAGAGGCUCCCACAGACUCUGCUCCUGAGAAGCCGAGUGACACUGGGGAUGACGGCGCGCCUGAAGACACGACCGAGGUGGGAGCACGGGCAGGCUCAGGCGGGAAGAAGGAGGCGUCGUCCAGUAAGACCGUCCCGGACGGGAAGCUGGUGAAAGCUUCCUUUGCUCCAAUAAGCUUUGCAAUCAAGGCCAAAGAAAAUGAUCUGCUUCCCCUGGAAAAAAAUCGUGUUAAGCUAGAUGAUGACAGUGAUGAUGAUGAAGAAAGCAAAGAAGGCCAAGAAAGUUCUAGUAGUGCUGCAAACACUAACCCAGCAGUUGCCCCACCCUGUGUAGUUGUUGAGGAGAAGAAGCCUCAACUUACCCAGGAGGAGCUAGAAGCAAAGCAAGCAAAGCAAAAGCUGGAAGAUCGCCUCGCAGCUGCUGCCCGGGAAAAGCUGGCCCAGGCGUCUAAGGAGUCAAAAGAGAAACAGCUUCAAGCAGAACGUAAAAGGAAAGCGGCAUUAUUUUUACAGACCCUCAAAAAUCCUCUGCCGGAAGCAGAAGCUGGGAAAAUUGAGGAGAGUCCUUUCAGUGUUGAGGAAUCCAACACUACGCCCUGCCCUCUACUGACUGGAGGCAGAUCUCUGCCUACUUUAGAAGUUAAACCACCCGAUAGGCCUUCGAGCAAAAGCAAAGAUCCACCGAGAGAAGAAGAGAAAGAAAAGAAAAAGAAAAAGCACAAAAAAAGAUCUCGAACAAGAUCGCGUUCUCCCAAGUACCAUUCGUCAUCCAAGUCCAGGUCUAGAUCACACUCAAAAGCAAAGCAUUCUCUUCCCAGUGCCUAUCGGACAGUGCGGCGGUCGAGGUCCCGCUCCCGGUCCCCUCGGAGGAGAGCCCACUCCCCUGAGAGACGGAGAGAAGAGAGGAGUGUGCCCACUGCCUACCGCGUGAGCAGUAGCCCUGGGGCCAGCAGGAAGCGGACCCGCUCCAGAAGUCCCCACGAGAAGAAAAAGAAGAGGCGGUCCCGGUCACGGACCAAGUCCAAGGCCAGGUCUCAGUCGGUGUCACCCAGCAAGCAGGCAGCUCCCCGGCCCACGGCCCCCACAGCCCACUCGGCCAGCGUCUCCCCUGUGGAGAGUCGGGGCUCCAGCCAGGAGCGCUCCAGGGGGGUCUCUCAGGAAAAAGAAGCCCAGAUCUCUUCAGCAAUCGUUUCUUCCGUGCAGAGCAAAAUCACUCAGGAUCUCAUGGCCAAAGUCAGAGCAAUGCUUGCAGCUUCCAAAAACCUGCAAACCAGCGCCUCCUGAGACAGGGCCAGCGGAGGCAGAGCUGGGAGGCUGCGUGGGCUUCUGGGCAGGCUCACGCAGACGUGGCUGCACAUCCACCUGGCCGCCUCCGUGGACCCUCGGUGGCUUUUGUAAAUUAAUUUUUGAUGACAUUUUCAGUUUUAAGAUUUCUGACCAGCAGUCUCUUACCUGUAUAUUUGUAAAUAUAUCAUGUUUCUGUGAAAAUGUAUUCUGAAAUAAAAUGGGAGGAAACGCCUUUUCUAGCUAGA